AUGUCGACUCCGAACCAGGACCUUCUGCCUGCCCAGUCUUCCUCCGUGCCACCGGUCUCGAAAGCUGCAGACUGGAAGGCUAUAUGGGCAGAAGGACCAUCUGUACCCUGGGACCGUGGGAACCCUAAUCCCGCAUUCAUCGAUUUCCUACGAACCCCGUCUAACCCUCCCACUUCACCCAACGUCAACCCCACGCCUGGCGCGCCGAAACCUAAUACCAUUGAACACACCGAGGAAGUGCAAUUGCCGGCACCGCUCAAAGAGGAUGGUACAAGGCGGAAGGCGCUGGUGCCUGGCUGUGGUACAGGGUAUGAUGUAGCGCUGUUGGCAAGUUGGGGGUACGACGCAUUUGGGUUGGAAAUUUCAAAGCAUGCGGUCGACCAUGCAAAUUUAUUUUUGAAGAACUCAGGUGAGGGCGUGCUAGAAGGUGAAUAUAAGAUCAAGGAUGAAAAGAUUGGAAAGGGGAGCGUGCAAUGUUUACUGGGUGAUUAUUUUGACGAUGCGUGGGUGCGGGAAGCUGGCGUUGUGGAAGGAUUUGACAUCAUCUAUGACCAUACGUUCUUGUGCUCCUUUCCGCCGACCCUCCGUCCACGGUGGGCAGCACGAACAGCGUCAUUACUUUCCCCCACUGGCAUCCUCGUUUGCCUCGAAUUUCCUACGCACAAACCAGCGUCUUCAGGCGGCCCGCCAUGGUCGCUCCCACCAACCGUCCAUUUGGAAUUGCUUAAGCGGCCAGGAGAGGAUUUGACCUAUGACCACAAUGGUGUGGUAGUUGUUACAGAUAGAGACGAGAGCGCAGAUGCCCUGGUACGGAUUGCGCAUUGGACGCCGAAGAGAACGCAUGAAUCUUCUAUGAAAGAAGGCGUUGUAAGGGACUGUGUGAGUGUAUGGCGGCACAAGAAAAAGGCUUAG